UUAACGGGCAGAGCGCACUCAGAGGCGGCUUCUCCAGAGCGCAGGCUGGAACCAGCGGACAGCGCGAGCCCAGAGCACCCCGCAAGCUGAGCGUGCAGGACGAGCCCCUCCACAGCCAACCCACAGCCGCUGAAUGAGGCUUCUAGGCGUCCACCCGCGGCCCGCAGCGCCCCGCCGGAGGGGCGCCCGCUGAGGCGCGGCCGCUGUGCCGGCAGCCCAUGCGCUCACCUGCUCCCUUGCGCGCCAUGGGGCACCUUGGGAACGGCAGUGACUUAUUGUUGGCACCCAACGCGAGCCACGCGCCGGACCACAACGUCACGCAAGAACGGGACGAGGCCUGGGUGGUGGGCAUGGCUAUCCUCAUGUCCCUCAUUGUCCUGGCCAUCGUGUUUGGUAACGUACUGGUCAUCACAGCCAUUGCCAAGUUCGAGCGACUGCAGACGGUCACCAACUACUUCAUCACCUCGCUGGCCUGUGCUGACCUAGUCAUGGGCCUAGCGGUGGUGCCGUUUGGGGCCAGCCACAUCCUCAUGAAAAUGUGGACUUUUGGCAACUUCUGGUGCGAGUUUUGGACUUCCAUUGAUGUGUUGUGCGUCACCGCCAGCAUUGAGACCCUGUGCGUGAUCGCAGUGGAUAGAUACUUCGCCAUCACAUCGCCUUUCAAAUACCAGAGCCUACUGACCAAGAAUAAGGCCCGGGUGGUCAUCUUGAUGGUGUGGGUUGUGUCAGGCCUUACCUCCUUCCUGCCCAUCCAGAUGCACUGGUACCGGGCCACCCACCAGGAAGCCAUCAACUGCUAUGCCAAGGAGACUUGUUGUGACUUCUUCACGAACCAAGCCUAUGCCAUUGCCUCCUCCAUCGUGUCCUUCUACUUACCCCUGGUGGUCAUGGUCUUUGUCUACUCUAGGGUCUUCCAGGUGGCCAAAAGGCAGCUCCAGAAGAUUGACCGAUCUGAGGGCCGAUUCCACACUCAAAACCUCGGCCAGGUGGAGCAGGAUGGGCGGAGCGGGCAUGGACUUCGCAGGUCCUCCAAGUUCUACUUGAAAGAACACAAAGCCCUCAAGACCUUGGGUAUCAUCAUGGGCACUUUUACCCUCUGCUGGCUGCCCUUCUUCAUCGUCAACAUUGUGCACGUGAUUCAGGACAAGCUCAUCCCUAAGGAGGUUUACAUCCUCCUCAACUGGGUGGGCUACGUCAAUUCUGCUUUUAAUCCCCUCAUCUACUGCCGGAGCCCAGAUUUCAGGAUUGCCUUCCAGGAGCUGCUGUGUCUGCGCAGAUCUUCUUUGAAGGCUUAUGGGAAUGGCUGCUACAGCAACAGCAACAGCAAAACGGACUACACCGGAGAGCCGAGUGUGUGCCACCAGGGACAGGAGAAAGAAGGGGAACUUCUGUAUGAGGACCCCCCAGGCACUGAAGACUUUGUGAACUGUCCAGGUACUGUGCCUAGCGAUCGCAUUGAUUCACAAGGGAGGAACUGUAGUACAAAUGACUCACUGCUCUAACGCAGUUUUUCUACUUAAGAUUUUUUUUUCCCUCAACAGAACACUAGACUAUUUAACUUCAGUGUAAGUAAUUUAGACUAAAACUGUAUAGAGAGCUGCAGAAGGAGGGUAUCCUUCUGCUUUUUUUUUUAUUUUUUUAAGCUGUAUAAAAGAAAAACAUAUUUGAGUGAUUAUUUGUUUCUUGUGCAGUUCAGUUCCUCUUUGCUUGGAACUUUAAGUUUAUGUCCGAAGGGUGUUCAUCCUCAAGGACCUGGGUCUGUGUGUGUUUGAUGGUUUUUCUGUAUCUACCUCAUUGGUCAAGUAUUAGGGAUAAUAUAUUGCUGCUGGUAAUUUUGUAUCUGAAGGAAAUUUUCUUUCCUGCACCCUGGGACUUGAGACUCCUGAGUAUCUCAGACCUUUCAGCUGUGAACAUGGACUCUCCCCCACCCACCCCACCUCUUUCUGCUCAAAUGGAGUUGUAGGUAGGGAUUCGAGGGACAGCUUCAGUUGUUUUCCUGAGCAAAGUCUAACGUUUACAGUAAAUAAAUUGUUUGACCAUGA